GGUGGUGGUGUCAUGGUGUGGUGGAUCUAUCCUGCCUUGUAUAACCAGUUCAGGCUGGUGGUGUCAUGGUGUGGUGGAUCUAUCCUGCCUUGUAUCAAUGGUUCAGUCUGGGGGUGGUGAUGUCAUGCAGGUGAGUCAUUUCCUGACUCUGUGGGGAGAGGCUGGCCCGAGAAGCCAGGUGGGAUGUCGGUCCCUGGGCCUGGUUCUGCUGGCCUGAAGGCCCCAAAACCUGGGACCUCAGGUGACUUAUCCGGCUCGGACAGGAUGGAAGGCCCUAGGCCUAGUCCUGAAGAGGAGAAGGCCCCAAAGCCUGGGACCCCAAGUGCCCUGCCCGGCCCAGGCAGGAAGGAGGGACCUGAGCCUGGGUCCAGCAAGGUUAGUACC